AUGAAAUUUAAUAUACCUCCUGAGGUCAGGAAACAUAUUCCAGACGGCUGUAACAUAGACUUAAAAACAUACUUAACUAUGGAAUAUGUUGCAAAAUCAGUAUCUAAGGAAGGGAACCCCUUUGAGUUUAGGCUGAAGAUUCACCCUCAAAACCACAAGCUUCCAUUUCUGGAUUCCAAUCACAAAUUAUACAAUUGUUACCAGUUUUUAAAGAAAAAUCAAGAGCAUUACCUCUACGGAUGUGACAAAGAACAGGUUCCUGAACUUCUACAUGAGCUAUACGAACAAGUGUUUCUGACCGAGAAGCACGUUGACACAAAAGUAAAAACUCCAGUUGACAAGAUCAUCGAAGGUUACUCAGACUCAGAAUAA